AUGUUGUUAUUGCUUUUGGUGGUACUCUUGCUGAGUUUCGAGUCGAUUGACUCUAAAAAUGCACAGCAGAUCGUGAUCGAUUAUAUGGAAGAGUUUAAGCGACUGGACAGAAAUAUCACUAAACGCUUGAGGCGCAUUGUGAAAAAAUAUAUAGAUAUACCUCCCGAGCUUGAGAAAGAUGUCGAGUUCGUACGCAUGCUGAACAACGUGAUCAAAUCUAUUGAUUUGGGUGCCAACGAGCUGGAUCAGAAGAUCGAUGUGCUAACUGAUUUUGAGAUAUAUGAUAGCUUACGCCUUGAAUUGGAUCGAGGUCUUGACGUCAUAACCAAACUGUUAAAAGGGCAAAAGAUGCGUAAGCAAAGAGCAAGGACCAUUAGCUAAUAUCACAUCCUUAAGGCUGUGACGCUAGUUAGGUAAUUAAAAUAUUGAUCAGCUUAGGCCAAUAACAAUAAUACACAGUUUAUUUAACAAUAGAAAUAUAUUUUCAGUAAAAUCUUACUUACGAAAAGAAAGAAACGUAAAACAAUGUUUAUAUAGAUGUUUCUAAGCUGCAAAAGGUACUGAAAAUUAAGACUGUCGCGCUGUUUAUUAAAAGAGCAAAUCUUGUCUCCCAAUCAUUAUAUUAUCAAUUAUCUUUCAUUUCAGUCGCCUAUUAACCCGUUUAUAAUUUAUGAAUCCCCAGAAUUGUUCGAAAUCACUUUUUUACUGACAAGAAUACCUCAUAUUUUCAUAUUUUCUUUGCCUUUCCUUUUCCUUUUAUAUCAUGUCUGCGAAUUGUCAAGCAUCUGGAUUAUACUUAGAUACAUGAGUAGCUUUAAGAACUGGGCUUGUCGAAUUGACGAAAACGAAGUUGUGGCUCCAAAUCAUAAAAGCAGGCUCUUUAAAGAAUCGUCGAUAAAACACUGUACAUUUACUAACAUUAAACUUGAACUGAGAAUGUUUCAUACAUGACCAAUCAUUUUAUAAAAGAUGAUGAUGAACAUAACGACAUUAUUUUAAAGAACGUUCGGAGCCAUCGAAUACCUGGCCUUAUAUAUUAUUUUUGGAAUUUUAAUAGAAUAAAAGAAACUGGAAAAGAAACUUGAUUGGAAUAUAAUAAAAGCAAAUGUAAUUUCAUGAAUUAAAUAAUUUAUGAAUCAAAUA